AUGUCUGAACUGAACUCUCGACUUCUCAAUAUAGGCAUCACCUCCUCUGGUCCUGAACAGCGUACAGAGGCUGAAGAGCGUUGGGCUUCAUACGAGCCAUACUUAUUAUCCAAGGGAUACCAACUCCGUCCCAGGUACCGCCAGAAUUGGGUACCUUCUUGGGAAACAAGCGGAGCGAGUCCGUAUGAUUGUGAAGAUAAGGGGGACACUCUCGCAAUUAGAGUGUUAGACGCGACACGACUCUCCGAUAACGCUCAGGUCAUCCUAAAAAUUCACACUCCUUCGUCGGAAGAUAGGAGCGGACUUGAGGAAAUCGAAAUACUCCAGCGGUUCUCCUCCCCCGAAUUCAAAGAUGACCCGUUGAACCACGUAGUGCCAUGCCUAGAUGUAUUUCCUAUUCCAAAUAUCCCCGAAGGAUCUUUCAUUGUCAUGCCACUUCUCAGCAAGUAUAACUUGCCUGAAUUCUGGGAUCUCAGGGAAGUCUACGAUUUUCUGGAACAAAUUUUUGAGGGCCUAGAGUUUUUACACAGGAAUAAUGUAGUACACUGUGACAUUGCCUCCCCAAAUAUCCUGAUGGACGCACGGCCACUUUACACCGAGCCAUUCCAUCCCUUUUUCCAAACUCGAGUCUUAGACGGGAAAAGGCCACUGUACCCGACUUAUCUGCGCUCCCAGAAACCCGUGCGGUACUAUUUUAUUGACUUCGGGUAUGGUAAACAGUUCAAGGAGGGAGAAGAGAAAAAGGUCAUCGGGUGGAAAGCGAGAGAGCAGACACCGGAGCAGGCGGAAGGAAUACCAUAUGAUCCGUUCUUGGCGGACAUAUAUCAGCUGGGGGCAAUUAUCAGAAGGGAUCUCAUCCCAAGAAUUUCUACCCUUCGAUUCCUCCUCCCUCUCGCGCGACAAAUGACGCACACUACCCCUUCUAAGCGACCAUCUCUCGCGGCCGCUCGAAAAGAAAUGAACAUGCAUUUUGCUGGCCUCAGUGGGCGCCAAAAACGUUGGCCUAUUGUACCGUUGAACGUCUCGUUCAGGCAUAAAUGCUUGUUCUUUUUAGCUGGGAUGACUGCCGAAGUGUUUGUUUUCUUGAAGGGCCUAAUAAGGUUUAUUUUCUUGCGCGGUUGA